UCCCACACAGGACUUCCCUGUGACUUGCAGAGAGUGAGUUCACUCAACCAGCCCGCAACCACUUCACAGUGUCGAAGCGCACAGCCCAGCGCGCUCGUUUGGUGCUCAUCGCCGAAUGCACAAAGCCAAAUCGGAGCGGCGGAUCUCCACUCCUCCGUUUCGCACCUGUUGAUGCAGUUCCGACGGCUCACGGGACGCAGAAGAGACGUUCAAUUUUGUCCCGGGACGCAACACUCGGACGGGGCGCAGGAGUCGCUCCAGUAAAGCGGGCAAGCAGGAGAGAAGGACCUUCUUGUUUCCAGUUUCCCCAGCAGUUGCAGCCUGGGCUGGGUUGGAGGAAAAUGGGCUCUUGGACCUAUGGACUUCUAUAUUUGUUACUCUCAUGCCAAUUGGUUCAUGUGACACAGGCCUCCAAGGUGUGGGGAGAGGUUCCUCUGCCAGAUGACUCGGUGGAGCAGAAGGAUGUCCAGGCGGCGCCGAGCUUACUGGGCGACGAUGAAGACUUUGUCGCUGAUGAAGCAUCUGGAGAUCUGCCCAGUGGCGAAGAUGAUGGAAGUGCACCGUGGCCUCCAGUCUCAGAGAGCACAAAGUACUCGUUGGACUCUUCCUAUGUGGUGAACAUAAAGAGCGCAGUCGAGCCAGCGUUAAUUUAUUACAGAGCUCUUGUCAACUUCACCGACUCCAUCGUCUACAACCCAGAGCUGGAUGACAUCUUCUCACCAGCCUUUAAUGAGAUCUCCGAAGCCGUGGUGGACACUUUGGAGUCCGAGUACAACAGGAUUCCAGGUCUCCAGUCAGUCAGCGUGGUCCUCAUUAAGAAGAUCAUCAGAGAGUAUGGCACUGAUGUAUUUGUGGAACUGGACGUGGGCUCGGACUACAACAGCAAUAGCGAACAGAUCCGGAGUGUUCUAUACAGCGUCGUGCAGAAUGGGGCAAUCGCCUCCUAUGUCACAUCGGUGGAAGGCUUUCAGUUCAGACAGCUUGGAGAAGUUCGUCCUCUGCCCUCAGUGGAACCUUUAGCGGUGCCAGUAAUCCCUGGCAUCAGGUCGUGCAUGCCGGAUGAGCACAGGUGUGGUGACGGGACUUGCAUCCUGAUGGAAUACCUGUGUGACAAUCGACCAGAUUGUCGUGAUAUGAGCGACGAGAAUGAUUGCGAUGGAAGACGACCUUUUGCAACCACCCCUGCCCCUGCCACCACAACCGCCGCAGUUAAACCUCCGCAGCCACCCGUCAUUCCGGGAUUCUGUCGAGCGGAUCAAGCAAAAUGCCAGAGCGGAGAAUGUAUCCCUCGAGACUACAUCUGCGACGGGGAAAGAGACUGCUUGGACGGAAGUGACGAAUUCCAAUGCGGAACUCCGUCGCCAUGUGAACCCAAUGAGUUUAAGUGUAGAAACGGCCGUUGCGCCCUCAAGCUCUGGCGUUGUGAUGGAGACAAUGACUGUGAAGAUAACUCAGAUGAGCUGGACUGCCCCACCAAGGGUCCAGAUGACCGGUGUGCUCCUGAGCAGUUUGAAUGCCUAAGCGACCGCACUUGCAUCCCAGCUAGUUACCAGUGUGACGAAGAGCCAGACUGUCCCGACCGCUCAGAUGAAUACGGCUGCACUCCUCCAUCUGUGACAAGUCCGCCAGAAGAAUCCAUCCAAGUUGCCCGGGGGGCCACUGUGACAUUUACCUGUCAGGCUGUUGGCGUGCCAACACCCAUCAUCACCUGGAGGUUGAAUUGGGGACACAUUCCAACAAGUGGCAGAAUCUCAAUGACCAGUGAGAACGGUUAUGGCACGCUUACCAUCCGUGACGUAAAGGAAGCCGAUCAGGGGGCCUACACGUGCGAGGCCAUCAACGCCAAAGGUCUUGUGUUUGGUAUUCCAGAUGGAGUGCUAACUCUUUCAUCAAAUCCUAACCCAGGCAACUGCCCAGACAAUCACUUUAGCGUGGAAGGCCGCUGUGUUCCUUGCUUCUGUGCUGGACUCACCAAGAAUUGCAAGAGCACCGGACGCUACCGCAAUCAGAUCAGUCUGCGUUUCACCGAUGAGGAGGACUUUAAAGGUGUGAAUGUCACCUACCCAUCCAGGCCAGGCAGUCCCCCUCUUUCUUCCACUCAGCUCCUCAUCAACCCUGAGACGGAAGAGUUCCAGCUUGUCGAUUUGUCGCGUCGCUUUCUCAACCUGGAGUCUUUUUGGACCUUGCCCCGCCAGUUUCUUGGCAACAAGAUCGAUUCCUAUGGAGGGUCCCUGAAGUACAAAGUCCGCUUCAUUUUGGCCCGUGGUCUGUCUGAACCCGUGGAGAAGCCGGAUGUAAUACUGGUUGGAAAUGGGCGCAGGCUUAUCUACCGCCGAGGGAGUUCCACCCCUGCCGGUGUGGUCAACCAACGUGAAGUUAAAUUCACUGAAGAUAACUGGCAACACUCCAACGGACGACAAGUAAGCCGGGAGGAGCUAAUGAUGACGCUGGCCAACUUGGACAGCAUCAGCAUCCGCACCAUCUAUGAUAACCACAUGGUCAGCGUGGCACUCAGAGAUAUCGUCAUGGAUACCACCACUGUGGAGUUUAGCACUCGAGGUCAUGCGAAGGAUGUUGAAGAGUGCAGAUGUCCCCCUGGAUAUACAGGCCUGUCCUGUGAAAUGUGUUCCUCUGGUUUUGAGCGUGUCCCUGGUGGCUCCUAUCUGGGCACCUGCGCCGGUUGUAACUGUAAUGGACAUGCCAGCGCCUGCGAUCCAAUCAGCGGACAUUGUCUGAGCUGUCAGCACAACACAGAAGGCCCACAAUGUGACAAGUGUCGCCUUAGUUACUUUGGUGACCCGAGACGAGGCCGAUCCGAUGACUGCAAGCCUUGCCCUUGUCCAUACUAUGAAACCUCUCGCCGGUUCUCUGACACCUGCUUCCUUGACUCUGACCAACAGCCGACAUGUGAUGCCUGCAAGCCCGGAUACACGGGACGACGUUGUGAAAAAUGUGCUCCUGGUUACCAGGGCAAUCCCCUUCUACCAAACGGAAAAUGUGUUCCUCAACAAACCAAGUGUGAUAACAGAGGAAGCAUCAGCUCAACCAGCAGGCCAUGCAGCUGCAAGAACUAUGUGGCAGGUGCUCAGUGUGAUGAGUGCAAGCCAGGCUUCUUCCACUUAUCAGAAAACAACCCUGAGGGUUGUCUGCGUUGUUUCUGCAUGGGCGUCACCAAACAGUGUGCCAGCUCUACUUGGAGUCGAGAUCAGGUACGAGGAGGAGUGAACGGCCAGCUUUUCACACUCACCAACAUCGGCAACUCCAGAACUAUCAGCGAGGGUAUCAUUCAGAGUGGCUCCUCAGAAGUUGUCUACCGCUCCUUUUCCAGCAUUCCCAGCGGCAUCUACUACUGGGUCUUGCCUGACAAUUUCAGAGGAGAUAAGGUGACAGCCUAUGGCGGAGAGCUACGCUACACAGUGCGUUAUGAGCCUUCGCAACGCUCCCUGGUGAUUGUUGGUCAGCCAGAUGUGGUUCUCCAGGGCAAUGGCAUCUCUCUGGAACAUUACUCUCAAUCCAAGCCUCUGCCACGUGUGCCACAAACAGUCACUGUGACAUUCAGAGAGUCUGCAUGGCGCCGCGCUGACGGUCAACCGUGCACACGAGAGCAUCUCCUUAUGGCUCUGGCUGAUGUUAGCGCCUUUCUUAUUAGAGCCACCUAUGCAGACAACAUGGCAGAGAGCAGUAUCUCAGACAUUAAAAUGGAUGUUGCGGUUCCACACUCAACUGGAAAUGAACGUGCCCUUGAGGUGGAAGAGUGUGCAUGCCCGCAAGGAUACAAAGGACCAUCUUGCCAGGAGUGUGAUGAAGGUUAUACCCGCACCAGCUCUGGUCUUUACCUGGGCACUUGUGAGAGAUGUGACUGCAAUGGGUACGCCGGCGGCUGUGACCCGGAGACCGGCAGGUGUCUUCAAUGUCAACAUAACACUGAUGGGCCAAGGUGUGAACGCUGUAAGACUGGUUACUAUGGAAACCCAGCAGCUGGAGCUGCCCAGGCCUGCCAGCCUUGCCCAUGUCCUGGAACAACAUCCAGCAACCAAUUCUCCUCAACCUGUUAUUUGGACUCUGAUGGUCAGCCUACAUGUGGUUGUCUUCCUGGAUACACUGGCAGACGUUGCGAAAGAUGUGUACAAGGAUACACAGGCAACCCAUUGCUUGGACAGAAGUGUGUUUCCGGCAACAAUGAAGUCAACGGUAACUGCUACAACUGCGAUCCAAGAGGAAGUGAAGGCUGCACUGGUGGCUAUUGUCGCUGCAAGAUGAAUGUUGAAGAUGCAUCUUGCUCCAGGUGCAAGUCCGGAACUUUCCAUCUUAGCCAACAAAACAAAGAUGGCUGCCUGUCAUGUUUCUGUAUGGGUGUCACUCAACAGUGCACCAGUUCCAACUACUACAGAGACUUGGUAUCAACAAAAUUUUCUCCAGGGAACUUUCAGGGUUUCGCCUUGGUGAACCGUCAACGCACAAACCGCAUCACCACUGGGUUUACAGUUGAGAUUUCCACUGAGGGGACACAGCUGUCUUACAGCAACUUUGACUAUCUUGGACAGGAGCCCCACUACUGGCAGCUUCCUGGGGUCUUCCAGGGAGACAAGAAAGAUUCGUCUUUUACUCGUUUGAAACGAGCAGAAGAGGGUGACCUCAGACAGCUGGACGAUGAGGUCUGGGCACUCCUCUCAAACUUUUCCCUUCAACAAUUUCCACUCUCCUCGCGUCUUCCGACAUCAUCUUCCUCCUCUUCCUCUUUGCGUAACCUGAGUUUACCUCCUCAUCCAUAUGGCAUCUCCUCUUCAGUUAGACGAGCCAGACCCCGAUCGUACUCUCCAGGCCAAUCGCCUCAUCUGCAGACCGAGAAUACAGUGAGCAGGACGGCCGCUCGUGCUUCUGGAGCAGGCAGCAAGUACUCUCUGGUCUACAAAGGUUUCAGCUUGCACCAGGACAAUGUGCUCUACUGGCAGCUCCCCACACAGUUCACAGGGGAUAAGGUGGGCUCAUACGGUGGCAAACUGAAAUACACAAUCUCCUACGUAGCCGGUCCAAGAGGAACUCUACUUGAAGAUGCUGAUGUACAGAUUAUUGGGAAUGACAUUACUCUGGUAGCCCGACAACAGUGGCAGAGAAGGCAGCAUGGCAGCAGAGAGACUCAACAAUUUGAGGUUGUCUUCACCGAGGAGCACUGGCGUCGCCCUGAUGGCAUGCCUGCCACACGAGAGCACUUGUUGAUGGUUCUGGCUGACCUGGAUGACAUCCUGAUCCGAGCGUCCUACUACACCGAGAUGCGCUCGUCCAGUAUCUCCGACGUCAGCAUGGAAGUGGCCGUGCCUAACUACAGCGGCCUGGCACAGGCCCUGGAGGUGGAGCAGUGCCGCUGCCCACCUGGAUACCAAGGUCUUUCCUGCCAGGAUUGUGCGCCCGGAUACACUCGCACCGGUGGAGGCUUAUACCUGGGUCACUGUGAGCUGUGCGAGUGCAACGGCCACUCAGACUCCUGCCACCCCGAGACUGGCAUCUGCACAAACUGCCAGCACCGCACUCAGGGUGAGCUCUGUGAUCAGUGCGCAUCCGGCUUCUUCGGUGACCCCACUGUUGGCACACCGGAGGACUGCCAGCCCUGUGCCUGCCCUCACACUGACCCGGCCAACCAGUUCUCUCCUACCUGCGAGAGCCUAGGAAAUGGAGGCUACCAGUGUACUGCCUGUCAGCCUGGCUACACAGGCCAGUACUGUGAGCGUUGUGCUCCUGGUUAUGUCGGCAACCCACAGGAGAGACAGAAGUGUCGUCCACGUGAUGAUGCAGCCUCAUUGGUGGUGAAGGUGUAUCCAGACAGGAUUCAGACGUCCCUGGGUGGCUCAGUCACGUUGCGGUGUCAGGUGUCCGUUUCUUCUCCACACUACUUCUACUGGUCCAGAGAGGACGGGCAGCCCAUCUCAAGCAGGGCUGACCGACUCAGACAAGGAGCAGAGUUGUACUUCUCCAAUGUCCAGCCAAGUGAUGCCGGUGUUUACAUCUGUACCUGCCGCGACCAACGCAACACAAACAGGAGCCGUGCUGAAAUUAUCGUCACAGGUGUUCCAACCAAAGCCAUUGAAGUGACAGUUGAGGAACCCAAAGCUCAAACAAUCAGGGUGGGAGCGACUGUAAACUUCAUCUGUACAGCAAAGAGCAAGUCGCCGGCCUACACGCUGGUCUGGACCCGGCUGGGUAACGGGAAGCUUCCUAACCGGGCAAUGGACUUCAAUGGCAUCCUGACCAUCCAGAACAUCCAGCCAGAGGACGCCGGCGUGUACGUGUGCACCGGCUCCAACAUGUACGCUAUGGACGAGGGCAAUGCCGUCCUCUAUGUGCCAGAGGCCUCACAGACACAGAUGUUUUACACAGCCUAUGAAAUGUUUGAAGGACACAGAAAGCCUGCGGAGGCGACCCAGCCUGUGGCUACCAUCAGUCCUUCCACACUGACCGUCCAGCAAGGUCAGAGGGCCGAGUUUCGCUGUACAGUAACUGGCAACCCAAAUCCUGCCCUCGAAUGGAUCGGGGGUCCUGGGAACAGAAUGAGUCCCAGGGCAGUAAUUAGAGGAAACUUGUUGACUUUCGCAGCAGUGGAGCUGGCAGAUGAGGGGGAGUACUCCUGCAAAGCUCUGAACACCCACGGCGAGCACACAGCACGGGUCUCCCUCUUUGUCAGAAGGUCAAACCCGAAUGGUCUUGGCACAGUGCCGCAAGUCCAAGUCAGCCCCCAAAAUAUUGACGCUCAUGAAGGGGAUACGUUGAGGUUGUACUGUCGUGCAUCAGGAUCACCAACUGCAAAACUUACCUGGCUUAAAAAUGGAGGACAAAUCCCACCCCAGGCCGUUCCCUCUCACGGUUUCCAACAGUUUAAAAGCAACAGUGUCGAUGUGUUACACAGACGUGUUGAGGAGCUUCAGGCCAGCACAGACCGCACGGAUAUCGGUACGCUGCUUAUUCCAAGUGUAAAAGUAUCGGAUUCAGGCACGUACAUGUGUGUGGGCAGCAACAGCGUCGGCUCGAACAGUGCACCCAUUAAAGUUUCGGUACUCAAAGUGGAUCAAAGUUCCUCAAUUGUUAGAAUCCAGCCGUCAGAAGCGGACGUCCAUGAAGGUCACAACGUGUACCUCAAUUGUAUCGUCUCUGGAAAUCCUCCUCCCCGAGUAACUUGGACGAGAGCGGGUGGGAGCCUAUCGUCCAAUCACCAGGUUGUUGGCAGUCAGCUUCGUAUCCUGUCAGCGACCUCAGAGGACUCGGGAGAGUACAUCUGUCAAGUGCAGAGCACUCCGGGAUCUCAAAUCCACCGGGCCACUGUCUCCGUGUCGGUCACGUCAUCAUCCUCACGUCUUCAAAGUCCAAUCAUUGCCAUUGAGCCUCACACGGCGGCAGUGCGCGUUGGUGAAUCGGCUAGCUUCAGGUGCAAAGUGUACAGCGGGGCUCAACCUGUUAGAUUGGAGUGGAAAUUGUCUGCCAACCAACCACUGCCAGACAAUGUCAGAGUUAGUCCUGAUGGUUCUGUGAUUACCAUAGCAAAUGCAAAACCUAUGAAUCAUGGUGCUUACCGCUGUGUGGCCAGCAACCCGUUUGGCAUCACCCACACUAUCGUGUCUUUGAUCGUAAAAGAGCCCCCCGUGGCCAUUGUCACCCCUGUUGGGCCAGUGCGCAUCAGGGUGGGUGAACCCAUCAACCUGGAUUGCCAGGCUUCAGGAGAGCCCCGCCCUUCUGUCACAUGGCACAGGUUGGACAACAACCGUAAGAUCAAGUUGAGCAGUCCCGCUCCUGCUGAGUCCAAUGCAGUCAUGCAGAUACUUGUGGCCCGUCCAGAAGACAGUGGCACGUACGUGUGCAUAGCACGCAACAACGACGAUAUCACCGAGACUAGGGUGGAAGUCAUUGUUCAGGGAGGCACUCAAUUGCCCUCAGUUCCCCGAGUCAUCGUUCCCGAGCCACUCAUGAUUGUGGUGGAAGGUCAAACAGCAACCCUACGCUGUGAAGCCCAUGGUUUCCCUGUCCCAACUAUCACAUGGUCCAAAUUACGGUCAUCUGUACCUUGGAGACAUAGAGUGGUGGACAACAAUCUCGUGCUGCCCAACGUGGGGCGCCAAGAUUCUGGGGAAUACAUCUGCAGUGCUGUAAACAACAUGGGCACGACUGAAGUAACCGUUACAUUGGAAGUGGAAACCUCUCCGUAUGCUACUUCUGUGCCUGAUGAUGUGGCAGUGCGUGUUGGGGAGGUGAUCAGGCUGCAGUGCCUAGCUCACGGAACUCCGCCACUGACCUACAUUUGGUCCAAGGUGGAUGGUGCCUUACCCUCCAGGGCUCAGGUCAGCGACGGCGAUCUCCAAAUCAAUCUGGCCACAGCAGAAGAUGCUGGGAGCUACAAGUGUGUAGCCAGCAACAGGGUUGGCCACAGUGAAGUUGUGGCUAAAGUUGCAGUCAGAUCGCCAUUGGCAGUGCGUGUGGCACCACAAGUGGAGGUGAAGGCUCAGGGCAGCGCUGUGGAGUUCACAUGCUCAGCAGCUGGUGGGGUGGAAACUACAAUUGAGUGGCUGAAAGAAGGAGGUGGCCUUCCCCCAAACCACCACGUCAAGGACGGCGUGCUCAGGAUUGAAAACAUUGAGCAGAGCAAUGAAGGUGUUUACAUCUGCAGAGCAAGCAGCAUAUAUGGUCAGGCUCAGGACGCAGCCAGGCUGACCGUCCAAGCACUGCCCAAGGUGAUGAUCAAUGUACGCACCUCAGUGCAGACUGUCAUGAUUGGGAACUCGGUGGAGUUUGAAUGUCACGCCGUCGGUGACCCCGAGCCCACCGUCAAGUGGAGUAAAGUGGGCGGGCCUCUGCCAACCCACAUCGUGGUGAUGGGUGGCAUGCUGAAGAUUGAGCGGGUGACCGAGGCGGACGCGGGACAGUAUCGCUGCACAGCCACUAAUGAUGUCGGCUCGGUGCAGUCGCAGGUGGUCCUCAAUGUCCAGUCACUUCCUCAAAUUUCUGCACUCCCUGAAACGAAGGAGGUGACCGUUGGGUCAGAUGCAAUUCUGCCAUGCGUGGCCACCGGAUAUCCUGUACCUGAAAUCAAAUGGUCCAAGCUCGAGGGUGAGCUACCCCCAAAGUGCUUCCAGGACGUAAACGUGCUGACAGUUCCUCGGGUCACACAUAGCGAUUCCGGGACGUACGUGUGCACAGCAUCAAACAAACAAGGCAAAGUAGAAGCCUUCACCAAACUGGAUGUUCAUGAAAGAGUGAUGCCGUACUUUGCCCAGGAGCCACUGUCCUAUCUCACCCUGCCCACCAUCAAAAACGCCUACAAGGCUUUCAACAUCAAAAUCAACUUUAGGCCCGAUAAUGUUGAUGGUCUGAUAUUGUACGCCGGUAUGAUCCUAUAUAACGGUCAGAAGAGGAGUACAGGAGCCGACUUCAUUUCUCUCGGCCUCGUCGGUGGCCGUUUAGAGUUCAGGUUUGACGUGGGUUCGGGCAUGGCCACCAUCCGCGACCCCAACCCGGUCAAACUGGGAGAAUUUCACACAGUCGAGAUGUAUCGCAACCUUACCCUGGGCUACAUCGUGGUGGACGGAGGCGAGCCGGUCAAUGGCAGCUCGCAGGGAAAGUUCAAGGGCUUGGAUUUGAAUGAGGAGUUGCACGUGGGUGGUUACCCCAACUACACUGCUCUGGACAAAACUACUGGCAUCAAGACUGGUUUUGUUGGUUGCAUUCGCCAGCUGGUCAUUCAAGGUGAGGAGGUCAUCUUCAAGGAUAUGGACCGCAGUUCCACCGGAGUUACCAACUGUCCCACCUGCAAAAAUCGCCCGUGCCAGAACGGAGGCAGGUGCCAGGACUCGGACACCAGCUUGUAUACGUGCAGCUGUCCUCGGGGAUUCACUGGCAGCAACUGCCAGCAUCACUCGUCCCUUCACUGCCACUCAGAGGCCUGUGGACCAGAUGCCACUUGCAUUAAUCGCCAAAGUGGUCUGGGCUAUGAUUGUCGCUGCCACUUGGGCAAAUUUGGAAACAAAUGCAUGGAUGGCGAAUUGGUAACCACUCCGCUGUUCGACGGGGAAGAGUCGUACAUCUCCUAUCCUCCGCUGACCAACGUCCACGAUGAUCUGCGAGUUGAACUGGAAUUCAAACCCAUUGAGCGAGAUGGUCUGAUGUUCUUCUGCGGAGGGAAGAAGAUGAAAGUGGAGGACUUUGUGGCCAUCUCUAUGGUGGACGGACAUGUCGAGUUCAAAUAUGAACUGGGCACAGGCCAGGCCAUCCUUCGCAGUCCACAACCAGUCUCUUUGGGCCAAUGGCACAGAGUUGUGGCCGAGCGGAACAUGCGAGACGGUCACCUCAGAGUCGACCGUGGCCCAGUGGAAAAGAAGAUUUCUCCUGGGAAAGCCCAGGGCCUUAAUAUCCACACUCCAAUGUUCCUGGGAGGUGUCCCCAACCUGGAAAUCCUGCCAAAGCCUGCAAAUAUCAGCCAAAUGUUUGAGGGCUGCGUUGGAGAGGUCUUCAUCAACAACAAGAAGCUGGAUCUGUCCUACAGCUUUACCGAGAGUCGAGCGAUCCGCAAGUGCGUGGAUACGAGCCCAUGUGAUCGGCGGCCUUGUUUGAAUGGAGGCCACUGUAUGCCCAAUGCGGAGUAUGAGUACCAGUGUCUCUGUAGGGAUGGAUUUGAAGGUGAGCGUUGCGAGAUCAUAAAAGACGUGUGCCAGCGGGACUAUGAGUGCCAAAAUGGUGGCAGCUGUGUCAACGGACACUGCGUGUGCCGCUCAGAAUUCACAGGCCUCAACUGUGAAGAAAGCCGCAUCUCCAGCUUCCCCGAGGCCGCGUGGAAUUCAGAAGCUAGCGAGGCUAAUGAUUCUCCCUAUCAGUAUGCAGCUCAUUUUCACAACGGCGGAUACAUUGCCCUUCCUAAGUCCAUUUUGCAAAGACGCGCACCUGACACGCCGGAGACGAUCGAAUUGGAGAUCAAUACACUCUCCUCCGAGGGUCUGAUCUUGUGGCAGGGAGUCGAAACCAAUGGCACACUCAAUUUGCGAAAGAUGCAUGCUAGUAAAAAGGAACAUGGGGAACACGGCAGAGGCAAGGACUUUAUCACUCUUGGGAUUCGCAACGGACACCUUAUUUUCAGUUACCAGUUGGGCAGUGGAGAAGCAGAGAUCAUGUCACGGCAGUCCAUCAAUAACGGGGAAUGGCACAAAGUCAAAGCAGUCAGGGCCGGAAAAGAUGGUUACAUCCAAAUCGAUGGAGACGCUGCGCUCCAUGGACAGUCAAAGGGAAGAAGCAUCAUGGUCAAUACAAAAGGACCUCUUUACCUUGGCGGAGCUCCAAACAUGGCAGCCAUGACAGCAGGGAAAUUUUCCUCUGGAAUGACAGGGUGCGUGAGGAACCUGUCCCUGAUAAACGGCCGGCCAGAAGAUGAGCAGGCCCGGACCAUCGACCUGCAAACCCACGCAGCUCACAGUGUCAACGUGCGGCCGUGCACGUCAUAGACCGCACACACCACAAAGACAAACUCCCAAAUACUGACAUACAGUACACAGACUGUAGAGUGAUUUUUAUUUACGCACUCGUACAAAGAGACUGACACACUUCCACAAACUUGGUGCUUAGCUGCUACCAAAAAUCAGGACAAGAUCUUGGUGUGGAAACCAAAACAAAUCAGAAAAAAACAUUAACAACCUCUUCCUCCGUUUUAUUUUUUUUUUUAUUUUGGAAGAAUGCAGUUUACAUAAUUUGAGCAGUAGUUCUAGCCAUGAGAAAUCAGAUCCUAUGGAGUUGGAGAAGUUUUUACAGCACUGAAUUUUUAUUUAUAUGCAUAUGAAUAUAUAUUAUAAUUGUGGGGAGGGGGGAGGGGACUUGCAAACUAACCGUAACUGCACUUCCUAGAAGUUGUUCUGGCGUCUAACAUCGCUUAUCCAGAGGUUUUCACCAAUAUACUACUAUGACUUGAUGAUGUCGAAGACUUUCUUUUGUCAUUUGUGUUUGGCGUGAGUGCAUUUGUUUUACUAUGGGGACGGGGGCACACGCUCGGAGCACACAGCCGCAUGCAGUUUAAGUACACAACUCAAGUCAUUGACAACAACAACAAAAAAUGAUCAUGUUUUUCCAUUACCUUUGGAGCAUUUGUGGUUUCGGUGUCUGUUUUAGUUCUUUUUUUUUACAAGAAAAAGAAGACUUGGUGCUAAAUAAUGCCAGUCAUGUGGUUACAUCUAUUAUUUUUAAUUCAACAAUAUUUGGUGAUGGCUACCAUCAAGUAAAAUAAAGUUACCUGACACAAGAUAGCUGAAGUCUGCUGCGUGUGCCUUUUCACAGUUCAUUUCAUCACAAUUUGCCUUUUUGCAACAAACCAGGCAAUCUGGAUUGACUAAUUUGGAUGGACAUACAUAUUUUUUGUUCAGAAUAACAACAAUGGCUUAGAUUGAAUUUACUCAAGUGUGUGCUCUUUGAUUUCACAGCAAAAUUAUUGUAUGUGUUUGCACCACAGCCUUGUUUGAUUGAGUAGAUCUCAAAAAUGGAGUUUCCUAUUUUUUAUGUAGUUUCGAAAGCCACGCGGGUUGCUCAACAGGAAGUGCUCGUUAGCCCAGCGGUGCCUUGAAAUGUUUGUUUUCGUGAUGCUUGGGUAAAAUGUGUGACUUUUUUUUAGGCGCACCCUUCAGUACCAAAUGUCAGCCUGUUCUUUGGGGUUGCUGUGGUCCUUAUAAACACAACACAAUUUUCUUUCUUUUUUUUUUUUUUGCUUAAAUUGUUUAUCUGAGAACAAGAAUAAAUAUAAAUGAAGCAAUGAUAACAUACAGCAUUGCUUCAUUUAUAUUUAUUCUUUGCCUCCUUUCCCACUGCAAUUUUACAGCACUGUUUUUUUCUUUCUUACUCUGGUUAUCACCUUUUGCUUGUAUCGCUCCUUCAAGGUUUCCCAAUUUCCUCUCAGAAAAGUUCUUUUUUAACAUCAGGCUACACUUUGGUUUAAAAUUGCAACAAAGUGACACCAUGUCUUUUUUGAAUGUGAAUAUGUGAUAUGAGGAUGGAGUCCAGGCUGUGGUCCAGUUUAGGAUGUUUUAAAGCUAAGUUCUGAAACUGGAUUUUCAUAUGAACAUUGUUGCUAAAUGAAAACAUUGUCAAGCCAGAUGUGUUUAGUUUUUGAACCCGUCAUUGGAUUGCUCUCAUUAUGAAAGGUGCACUUUUAGUCUUGAAGGUUUAUUUUAUUUAAUUUUUUUACAUUUUAUGUCUUGGCUCAAUUGAUAACAUUUUACAGGCAGUACAUCUUAUGACCCAGUAUUGAAGUGGUAUUCCCCUACCCUUUUUGUUUCUUAAAUAAAAACAAAAUUCACGUGCUAUUUCUAA